UGACAAGAGCUCUUGAGUUGUAUGUCCUUGCAACUGUCUAUCUGUGAGUAUUUUGAGUGGUAGGCUCUUCGACAACACUAGGCAGUGAGCGCACACGCAGCGUAAAUUCACAAGCAUGGCGGAUCCAUUUGCCGACCGCAACGCGCUGGACGCAAACCCGUUCGCGGACCCGAGCGUACAAGGUGCUCUCUCAUCCGGUAACCGUGCCUACGAAGAUGUAGGCAGCAGCAAGUCGAUGGCUUUCGAGGAGGAUGGGUAUGGACACAGUGGUAGCGGUGUGGAUCUUGGAAGCGGCGGUGCUGGCCAAAGUGAUGCCGCGAGACUCGCGGAAAUCGAGCGGAGAGAGCGCGAGCUCGAGCAGAGGGAGCGAGACUUGCAGAGUCGGGCGGACCACAUCAAGAAGCACGGACGGAAUAAUUGGCCUUUUUUCUAUCCGCUGAUCUAUCACGAUAUCGAUGUGGAGAUUCCUCCUGAGUCACAACAGGUCGUCAGGCACCUCUACCUUCUUUGGAUGCUCUGGUCGGCCUCGUUGUGCAUCAACAUGCUCGCUUGUAUCUUCCUACUCGUCUCUGGCGCGCGUGACGGUGCGAGAGACAUGAUAUCAAGCAUUGUCUACUUCCCCAUCCUCACCACCCUCGCCUUCCUGCUGUGGUAUCGACCAGCAUACAACGCUUUCAAUACGGAAAACUCUUUGUGGUACUACGUGUACUUCCUCUUCAUGGGCUUCCACCUCGCAUACUCGGCGUACUCUCUAAUCGGGAUCCCAUCGACAGGCUGUGCAGGAAUCAUUACCGUCAUCUCCAGCUUUAGCAGCUCUCGCAUCCUAGCUGGCAUAUUUGCAACCAUCAACACUAUCAUGGUCGCCGUUCAAGGACUAGGGAACCUCUGGUACUUUAGGGAGAUCUGGAAACACAACCACGAGCAGGGCCACACUUUUGCACAAGCCAAGCAAGAGCUCGCUACACAUGGCAUGAAAGCCUACCUUACCCGCGGCUCUCAGGUCUAAGGGUGUUUCAAAGCAUGUUUAGCCGAGGUCAUUUCAAUGCGCUUUGUAAGAAUCCCCCCUCCGGGCUUCGAAAAAAUGUAUGAACUGCAGAAUUCGAUUGAUUCUAAGACA